CGUCUGGGCUGUGGAAUCGGAGGGUGGGGACACUCUGGCCCGGCUCUCGGUGGUGCGGGAGCGGGCGGUAGCAGCGGCCGCUCUGGUCGGCGGACGUGCUGCCGAGUAGUCCCGGAAGCGAAGCAGCGAUGGCGGAGAGUCCGACUGAGGAGGCGGCGACGGCGGGCGCCGGGGCGGCGGGCCCCGGGGCAAGCGGCGUUGCUGGUGUUGUUGGCGUUAGCGGCAGCGGCGGCGGGUUCGGGCCGCCUUUCCUGCCGGAUGUAUGGGCGGCGGCGGCGGCAGCGGGAGGGGCUGGGGGCCCGGGGAGCGGCCUGGCUCCGCUGCCCGGGCUCCCGCCCUCGGCCGCUGCCCACGGGGCCGCGCUGCUUAGCCACUGGGACCCCACGCUCAGCUCCGACUGGGACGGCGAGCGCACCGCGCCGCAGUGUCUACUCCGGAUCAAGCGGGAUAUCAUGUCCAUUUAUAAGGAGCCUCCUCCAGGAAUGUUCGUUGUACCUGAUACUGUUGACAUGACUAAGAUUCAUGCAUUGAUCACAGGCCCAUUUGACACUCCUUAUGAAGGGGGUUUCUUCCUGUUCGUGUUUCGGUGUCCGCCCGACUAUCCCAUCCACCCACCUCGGGUCAAACUGAUGACAACGGGCAAUAACACAGUGAGGUUUAACCCCAACUUCUACCGCAAUGGGAAAGUCUGCUUGAGUAUUCUAGGUACAUGGACUGGACCUGCCUGGAGCCCGGCCCAGAGCAUCUCCUCCGUGCUCAUCUCUAUCCAAUCCCUGAUGACUGAGAACCCCUAUCACAAUGAGCCCGGCUUUGAACAGGAGAGACAUCCAGGAGACAGCAAAAACUAUAAUGAAUGUAUCCGGCACGAGACCAUCAGAGUUGCAGUCUGUGACAUGAUGGAAGGAAAGUGUCCCUGUCCGGAACCCCUACGAGGAGUGAUGGAAAAGUCUUUUCUGGAGUAUUAUGACUUCUAUGAGGUGGCCUGCAAAGAUCGCCUGCACCUUCAAGGCCAAACUAUGCAGGACCCUUUUGGAGAGAAGCGGGGCCACUUUGACUACCAGUCCCUCUUGAUGCGCCUGGGACUGAUUCGUCAGAAAGUGCUAGAAAGGCUCCAUAAUGAGAACGCAGAAAUGGACUCUGAUAGCAGCUCAUCUGGGACAGAGACAGACCUUCAUGGGAGCCUGAGGGUUUAAACCCUGUUCCCCUCUUCCCUUUCCCCCACUCGAGAGUCCCAGCAGAAUCCCUUCCCCCAACCCCAGGGAUGGAGAGGCACUGUGUAUCUCCCUCCAGACUCGAAGUCAUCCUGCAAGAUGGCAAGAACCAAACAAGCUCGGAUCCCAGGGUGUGGGAGUGGGGGCCUGUUCCUGGUCUGACCUCCUUGGCACUGGAGCAUCUGGGGCUUGGUUCAUCCGUUCAUCCCAUAUCGGGGCCAAGGUACCUUUACAGGAGCACCUAGUGGAAGGGCCUCUGGCAAAAACGAAACAACCAACACACCUCUCCACAGGACCAGCUCCUUAGGUAUAGGUGGAAGACGGAAAUUGCAGUUCCAAGAGGGAGUGUGCCCAAAUGAUUUAUGGGGAUACCUGGAAGGGAACUUGGGGUGGGGGACUGUCUGUGACACUUAAGCAGUCUGGGUGGUUGUCUGUUUGUCUGUCUUCAGUCUUGAAGCAGGGCUUCCCAAUGCCCUUUUCCUCCUUGCUUCCCUUCCCCCAUUAUUUCCCACAGGCCAGCAUAAUUUUGUUUUUCCUAAUUUAUAGUCACUGUUCUAGACAGACCAAAGAGAAGGAACAGUGGUGGAGUCUAGGCUGCUGAUCAGUAAGCUUUACCUGGCACCUGAGCACCUUUCUCCCCUGGCCCCUUUCCUCACCCUUUCUAGAUGUAAGACAAGAGGUAAAUGUGACUGGGACUGAACCAAGGUCUUGGUAAAGCCUGCACAGGCACCGUAAGAAGCUGAAAAUACUGUUUGUUCCCACAAUCACUGAUUUGAAAAGUUCCCGGCACAGGCAGCUGCUGUGUAUAUGGGAUUAGAGCCACUACAUAGAAUAGUCUCUUACAGAUUUUCAUAAAUACUAGUCACAAUAAGGGUAUUUCUCUUGGGGGUGGAGUACAGAGAGAGACGGAUGCUAGUCCUUAUCGUAUUUUGUUGGGCUGUCCUUGUGUAUUUUCACCCCAGCCUGUAGUUGUCCUCCUCAACCCCAGGGAUUUGUGGGGAGCAAGGGUAGCCAAUGCAGAGGGGAUUGGGGCUGGACUCUGGAGGCUCCUCCCCUUCUUUCUCCUCCACCACCCCCAGCCCAUUCCCCCAGCUGCUCUUGUCACUGGCUCUGAUGGGUGUUUGCCUGGCUGUGUUGCUUCUCUAUCUGUAUUUAGCUGCAGUGAUCCUUUAGCUGGUUGGCUCAGAAAAAAUGUGCUUUAGGUGCCCUGUAAUCCUGGGCAUCAAGGGAAUCAUCCUUCCCCUUUUUGAUAUGUUCUCCCCAUACUUCCAGAUUUAUUGUUACGGAUCCCAGUGGGGUAUUGGCAGUUCUUAUGAUGCAGGGCCUCGGUCAGGGUCCAGCCAUGCAUAAGGGAGAGGAUUGUAUGUACCUGCCCUGCCCACUGCUAUAAAGUCUCUGCCUUGUGGAUCAUGGGACUCCUCUUGGAGGAUCUGGGUUGGGCAGAAAGGAGAAUGUCCUUGGGAGGGCAGGAAGAAAAGGAACUGGACAGGGAUUGAUGGGCUUGGGGAACGGAAGUUUACCUUGGAAACCCUUCAUUUGAGAGGCUGGGUCUCACAUGAAGAUUCAAAAGGGACCCUGCUUCCAAUUUCCCUCUUCCAUUCCUCGAGUGACUCCAGGGCUUAGAAGAAUGCCCUUGGUCUGUGGGUCCAGUGUUGUCUGUCAUCCAUUUGUGUGUUCCCACUUUCAAGUGACAAUCCUCUCCUUGGCCCUGCCGUAGGGCAGAGCAUGUCUGGCAUAGCAGCCUGACUUUUAUGCCCUAAUCUUGAGUUGAGGAAAUAUAUGCACAGGAGUCAAAGAGAUGUCUUUAUAUCUGACUGUACAUAAAUGAAGUUUUUUUUUUUUUUCUUUUUGGUGCAAUAAAAUUUGUUUUGGCAGAA